GGGAGAUUUGAAAGUGCCCCUGGCGGCUGACUGGACGGCGGGCUGGAGAGCUGCGGUGCGGCGGGUCCGGCUCUCCUCCCGUUUUUUCCUUAAGAAUGGCUCAAAAGGAGAACACCUACCCCUGGCCCUAUGGCAGGCAGACGUCUCAAUCAGGCCUCAACACCCUGCCCCAGAGAGUCCUCCUCCGGAAGGAGCUUUCCACUCCAUCUGCUCUUGUCCUCAUGAAUCGCUCCAAUGGCCAGCCCUCAGCUGUACUUAGCCAGAAGGUGACUGAGAACAGCAAUGGGGGCCUUAAUGGCAUACGUCCUCUCACAAUUGACGACUUUGAGAUUGGGCGUCCACUGGGCAAAGGCAAAUUUGGAAAUGUAUACUUGGCUCGGGAGAAGAAAAGCCAUUUCAUCGUGGCACUCAAAGUCCUCUUCAAGUCUCAGAUUGAGAAGGAGGGAGUGGAGCACCAACUGCGCAGGGAAAUCGAAAUUCAGGCCCACCUGCAGCAUCCCAACAUCCUGCGUCUCUACAACUAUUUCUAUGACCGGCGCAGAAUCUACCUGAUUCUGGAGUAUGCACCACGAGGGGAGCUGUACAAGGAACUACAGAAGAGCCGAACUUUUGAUGAGCAGCGAACAGCCACGAUCAUGGAAGAAUUGUCAGAUGCUCUGAUGUACUGCCAUGAGAAGAAAGUGAUUCACAGGGACAUAAAACCAGAGAACCUGCUCUUAGGGCUGCAGGGAGAACUGAAGAUUGCUGACUUCGGCUGGUCUGUGCACGCCCCCUCCUUGAGGAGGAAGACCAUGUGUGGUACCCUGGACUAUCUGCCCCCAGAGAUGAUUGAGGGGCGCACACACAAUGAGAAGGUAGACCUGUGGUGCAUUGGGGUACUCUGCUAUGAGCUGAUGGUAGGAAACCCACCCUUCGAAAGCCCUACGCACAACGAGACAUAUCGUCGGAUUGUCAAGGUGGAUUUGAAGUUUCCCCCUUCUGUGCCUGCGGGAGCCCAGGACCUCAUCUCCAAGCUGCUCAAGCAUAACCCCUCCGAACGGCUGCCUUUAGCCCAGGUCUCAGCACACCCUUGGGUCCGGGUUCACUCACGGCGGAUACUGCCUCCCUCGGCCGCUCAAUCUGUCCCAUGAUUUACUCAGUUGUGUUUGUACAUCUGUGUAUGUGUUGGGAGAAGAGGAAAUGGUGGCCUGUUCCUUUAGUAGUUUUUGUUUUUUAAUCUCAUUUUAUUUAAUAAAGCCUGAAGUUUUUGUA